GAACACCCCCUCCUCUAGUCUCAUGAAGCUCUCAUCAAGCGGUCUGGCGGCGGCGCUCGCACUGGUGCUGCUGGCACAUUCCGCCGCGGCUGUGGUUCUGCCCGUCAAUGUCACCUUUGAGCCGCUUCCUGCGGCCAACUACACGCCAACGAAGAGCCUGGAAAGCGUGAACGAACUCAACAAUGCAGGCUUGCGGGGCUCGGUCAACUUUGCGCGCUCGAUGGUGCGGACCGCGGUCGGCACCUUCAGCAUGACGUUCGUGCAGCAGCAAAUCCAGGCCGAGCAGAACGGCAACGGCGUGGACUCGGAUGCGGUCAAGGACGAGGCCAUCUCGUUCUUCACGCCGGCAGCCAUUGUGAUUGGCCUCGGUGUUGUCUGCGCCAUCAUUGUGCCCAUUGUGGGCCUGUUCUUUUGCUGCUGCCGUUGCUGCGGCAACUGCGGCGCUCGUCCGCUCCAGAAGAACAACACGCGCAAAUGCCGCAACUGGCUCAUCUUCUUCCUGCUCGUGUCCAUCCUGUUUGUCUUUGCCGGCAUGGUCUUGGCGUUUGUGAGCAACAAGCGCUUCUCCCAGUCGCUGGAUGUUGCCAGCGAGGCAGGCCACAAUGGCGUCGACAAUGUGGGCAUCUUUUUGAACAACACCAUUGCCGAGGCCGAGCAGCUGAUCAACAACUUUGACGCCUAUGUCGACGAAGCGCGCAAUCUGAUCAACCUCGUGGAUGACCAAGUCGGCGCGCUCGUGCAGGACGACAUUGCGCCCACCGUUUACAGCAUGCUUGAUGUUCUUGUGCAAAUGGAUCAGAGCAUCAAUGCGACAUACACGCUCGUCGACGAGGUCCACACCGAGCUGGACGACAUUCUCAGCCAAGCCAGCGCCAUCAACGAGACUCUGGCGUGGAUGCAAAGCGCGACGAACGAUAUGAUCACUGCAUGCCAGGCACUGACGUCCCCGCCGCCGGAUUGCGCGAUCGUUGCGGCCUCGGUUUUCGGCCAAGCCUUUGAUUUCUCCUCCAUCACCGACCUCUCGAUCGAGCUUGCUGCCAUGACUGCAGUGUACGACCAGCACAUUAACCAGUUUAUUUCGACGGCCAACAGCUCGUUCAACGACCUCGCCACCGACGUUCAAGACCAAAUCGAUGUCUACCGCACCGACGCCAUCCAGGCCAUUGACGACAUUUCCGCGACCAUCCACGACAACAUUGAUGAUGCGCGUGACACGGUCAACACUGUCAUUACAGACCAAGUCGAUGCCCCCGCGCGCCACGAGAGCAUUGAUGACGCGAUGGAUACUGCAGAAACCUACGACAAGUACCGCUACCAGGGCGGUGUUGCGCUGUGCUGCAUGAUUCUGAUUGUGGUCGUGCUGGCGUCCAUUGGCCUGCUCAUGGGCGUUCUUUCGAACGACGCCGCUGCACUCCCGUGCGAUCGCAGUGGUACUUCCAACGCUGCUGGCAACUUUUUGAUGGCGUCCGUCGUCUUUGCCUUUAUUUUCAUUUUCUUCAUGUUCCUCUUUGCGGCCAUUGGAUUCCUUCUGUCUAGCGGUGUGCAUACUGUUUGCGAUCCGAUCACCGAGGGCACCAUUUAUUCGCAAGUUCUCGACGUCGACAGCACCUGGUCGAACAGUGAGCACCCGCUGUGCAAGCUGGCCAACAUUUCCACCGUCCCUUGCCCCCUGACCUUUGCUGGUGUUCUUCACGCGUGCGAACACAACGAAGCAGCCUACACCGCUCUGCAUCUCAGCUCCCUUAUCGACAUUCAGGAACUCACUGACGUUGACAGCUACUUUAACAUUUCCGACUUUUCCGCGAGCGUGAACAUUGACAAUAUUGUCAUCUUUGACCAGGCCACUGAAGACUUGUUGCUUGAUUUCGCCAACUCGGGCUUGGUUCAGGUGGACUAUGAGCUGUACGAGAACAUGGUUGCCAACCCUGGCCUGUCCUUCAACCCUACCACCGUCACAAAUGACCUCGACCAGCUUCAGAGUGAAUUGAACCCGGUGGUUCCCGAAGAACUUGCCGUCUCCAACAUGAUUGACGCGAUCAAGGCCAACAUCACCGCUGUUAACGCGAUGGCGAGCAAUUUGCAAACUUCCAUCACGACUUACGAUCUUGCAACCGACUUGUCCUCACUCAACGAGACCGCCUCCAAUUUGACGGUUGCGGUUACCGCUGCCAUUGAUAUUGCCGAGGUCACCGUCAACGAUUUGACAAGCACUUUCCAGACGUUCAUCAACAAUACUGUGGGCGAUCUGAUUGAUACCGCAACGUUCUUGAUCCACGAUUUCCGUGACAAUGCCGUUGACCAAAUCGAGAAUGUUAUUGGCGGCUGUGCACCAGCGUACGCCGUGUACGAUGCAGUCAUGUCUGCAACCUGCGAUUACGCUCUCGCCACAAUGGACGGAUUCAUGUUUGCCAUGGGCUUGUGCUCCACAUUCAGCAUUCCGUUGAUCAUUUUUGCCGUUCGUCUCGCGAAAUACUUCCGCAAGAUGGACUCGCAGUACUACGUGAAUGCCCCGCAUCGCGACGACUACGACAUUGGCAUGGUGACGACUUCGGUGAGCAUCACGUCGCACGCAGCGCCCUCCAGCUACAACAACGACUUUUUGUACUCCAACUCAAGCGAUCAAGAUUACAACUCAUCAUCGUCCGAGAAGCCCCCUGCAUAUUACUAAACCGCGGUCGUUUUGACCGCUUUUUCAAGCGAGUUUGAGGCGCGCCAUAGCGUUCAAUUUUUAGGUGGCUUAUUUUGUUGUGUGUUUGUACGUUUUUUUUUUUUUUUUUUCGCAUGUUCGCUUUUUUUAAGGUGGUCCAAACCGGUUCCAUUUAGCUUGUUUGACGUGAUUUCUUGUAUGAUACAUUCAGUUGUCCAUGUUGAUGCAUAG